CUAUAAGUUCAAUUCCUGACACCGUCCCUAUAUGAAUGGAUACUUGUUAUUAUAUCGGAAAACAAAAAAUGCAAUCCUUAACCUUUGUUGUGGUGUUACUAAUACUGAUAUUCUCGUACAAUAUUGCAGAUGGUGAUGAACAACAAGAGUCAUGUUCAAGAAGGUGCGGUGUUCAUAACAUCAGCCACCCUUUCCGAUUGAAAGACAGUCCCAAAAAAUGUGGUGACAAUAGGUACAACCUAUCAUGUGAGGACAACAAUCAAUUGAUUUUGUACCAUGGUUCAUUUGGAAAAUACUAUGUACAAUCAAUUAAUUACAACAACUUUACCAUCCAACUAUCGUAUUUCAAUAUUCUUUCUAAUAACUCCAUCCCUCCUAGUGAUUUCAGUCCUUUUUUCACCUCAAAUAUCUACGUACCUUAUCUAGAAAAAAACAAUUCGUUGAGCAAUAGAUUGACGAAACUUAUGUUGCAUGUGAGCUGUCCGAACCAGGCUGGUUACAUAUACAGAGAUAACUGUAGGAAUAGUAGUUUGUAUUCACGGUACGAGAAUUCUUUCUAUGUUGAUGGCUACUUCAAAACUCUUUCGGAGUUGGGGUUGAGAGAUGGAUGUCGUAUAGAGCUUAUGUUUCUCACAUCUUGGUCUCCUCAAGAUGGCAACAACAAUAACAUUUCUUGCACGGACAUCAACCGUAUGAUGUCUUAUGGAUUUGAAGUCUCUUGGCUCAAUAGUCUUUGUAAAGAUGAUUGGCAUGCAGAGUUUGAUCAAAAUAACCACCUUCAUUGUCGUCGUCCAGGUGAUGACCGGUAUUUUGAGGCCGUAAGAGUUGGACCUAUCAAGACGUAUUACCUAGAACGGAAAUUAUGGGUUGCGAGGGGCAAAGUUACCUUGAUUUACAUAGGUGAGUUGAUUGUUUUGUUCAGCCUUUUUAAAUUUGUUCUUGGAGCACUAUGUAUGAUUGUAUUAUUAAUCUACAAAUGGCGACGGAAGCAUCUAUCUAUGUAUGACGGCGUCGAAGAUUUUCUUAGUAGUGACAAUAGCAUCAUCCCUAUAAGGUACUCUUACAGAGAUAUAAAAAAGAUAACCGAACAAUUCAAGACAAAACUAGGCAAUGGAGGGUAUGGAUCUGUUUUCAAAGGACAACUUCGAAGUGGUCGUCUUGUAGCAGUCAAAUUAUUGGACAAAGCCAAGUCCAGUGAUCAAGAUUUUGUCAAUGAAGUUGCUACCAUUGGUAGGAUUCACCAUGUUAAUGUGGUGCAGCUCAUUGGUUUUUGUGUGGAAGGUUCAAAACGUGUUCUUAUAUAUGAAUUCAUGCCAAAUGGAUCACUUGAAAAAUACAUAUUUUCUCAUACAAAAGAGAAUUAUUCCUUAAGUUGCGAACAAUUGUAUUCAAUUUCUCUUGGAGUGGCUCGUGGCAUUGAGUACUUGCAUCAUGGAUGCAAUAUGAAAAUUCUACACUUUGAUAUAAAGCCUCAUAACAUUCUUCUUGAUGAAAAUUUCAAUCCAAAAGUUUCUGAUUUUGGACUAGCUAGACUUUGUCCUACAGAUAAAAGCAUUGUGUCAUUAACUGCAGCAAGAGGAACCAUUGGAUAUAUGGCCCCUGAACUAUUCUACAGAAAUGUUGGCACAAUAUCUUACAAAGCUGAUGUAUAUAGUUUUGGGAUGUUGUUGAUGGAGAUGGCAAGUAGAAGGAAGAACUUGAAUGCAUUGGCUGAGCAAUCCAGCCAAAUUUAUUUUCCUUUUUGGAUUUAUGAUAAAUUUCAUGAUGGAAGUGAAGUAACAAUUGAGAACGACACAGAUCAGGAAAUGAAGCUAGCAAAGAAAAUGAUGAUUGUGGCGUUAUGGUGUAUACAGACAAAACCUGAUGAUCGUCCUUCAAUGGAUAAAGUUUUGGAGAUGCUUGAAGAAGAAGAUGGAGACUUGCAGAUUCCUAAUAAGCCUUACUUUUGUCCACAAGAUUCACCAAUAGCGGAUGUUUACAGUAGCAACUCAUGGACUUCCGAUGGUACAUCAGUUAGUGGUUCCAAGGGACCAAACUGAUCUCUUUUGGUUCUCGUUUGAAUUACAUAUCAUAUUGUUGUCACCAAGCAUUAUUAUUAUAAGUAUGCAAUUUUUAUCUAUAUAUGUGUGAAUGUUCCUAGAGAGUCCGUUGACUCAUGGAAGGAACUAUGUUACCUUUGUGACUUGGGCCACACCUAUUUAGUAUAUAACUCAAAUUAUGAUUGACUAUUGAUAUUUCUAU